AUGGCCGCAGACAAGCAAAACGAAGCUAAAGUUUCUGUCAUGGACGAAAAUAAAGAAAAUUCACCGGAUGGAGGACUCGGACUGGAAAUUUUGCAAAUAAUCAAGGAGUCCCAGCAGCAGCAUGGCCUCAGGCACGGAGACUACCAGAGAUACAGGGGCUACUGCUCCCGCAGACUGCGUCGCCUGCGCAAGACUCUUGGCUUCAGGAUGGGCAACCGACACAAGUUCAUUGGGAAGAAAAUAACUGUCGAAAUGCUUUCAGACAGCAGGUAUCUGUUGCUGGUUUUGAUGGAGGCAGAGCGUGCAUGGAGCUACGCCAUGCAGCUGAAGCAGGAGGCCAAUACAGAGCCACGUAAGCGCUUCCACCUGCUGGCACGACUCCGCAAGGCUGCCAAGCAUAGCGAGAAGCUGGAGAAGCUGUGCGAGAGCCCCCGUGUCGACGCCAAGACCAAACUUGAGGCGCAGGCCUACACUGCAUACCUGACUGGUAUGGUGGAGUUCGAACUGCAGGAGUGGAAGCUUGCCAUGGAGGCCUUCAACAAGUGCAAGACCAUCUAUGAGAAGCUGGCCAGUGCAUUCACUGAAGAGCUAGCAGUUCUGUAUCGCCAGCGUGUGGAUGAGAUAUCACCAAACAUCCGCUACUGUGCUUACAACAUUGGCGACCAGAACGCCAUUAAUGACUUGAUGCAGAUGAGACUGACUGGUGGAGGUGGAGGCAUGAUGGCUGAGAAACUUGAGGCCCUGAUCACUCAGGCAAGAACGAAGCAGGCAGCCACCAUGAGUGAGGUAGAGUGGCGAGGACGGACUGUGCCCGUCAAGAUCGACAAGGCCCGCAUCUUCCUGUUGGGUUUGGCAGACAAUGAGGCCGCGAUCGCUCAGGCAUCAAACGAGGAGACCAAAGAGCAUCUGUAUGAAACCCUGCUGGCCGAGUGCAGAGACACCAUCCAGGCUGUCAGAGAGGAACUCAAGAGUGAGGCGAAGCAACGAGACAGGAGCUCUGAUGGCGACAAUGGCAAGGUGUCAAACAUGCAGUUCCUGCACAGUUACCUGACCUACAUCAAGCUGUGCACACUGGUGAAGAGGAACGAGAGCAUGGCCGACACUCUGCAGGCUAAACUGAAGGAACCCGAAGCCGACGAGAACAAGAGGGGACCCCGUCCACAGGACCUCAUCCGCCUCUACGACAUCAUCUUGCAGAGUCUGGCUGAGCUCUCCACCCUGCAGGGUCUGGAGGACGACCACACUUUCCAGAAGGAGGUGUCCCUCAAGACGUUGGUCUACAAGGCCUACAGGUGUUUCUUCAUAGCCCAGUCUUAUGUGCUGGUGAAGAAGUGGAGUGAGGCGCUGGUGCUGUAUGAGAGGGUGCUGAAAUACGCCAAGGAGGUCCAGUCUAAGGCCAAGAGCCUCAACAACAUUCUCAAGGAUCUGCCUGACGUUCAGGAGCUCAUUGCUGAGGUCAACGCUGAAAAAUAUUCUCUUCAAGCUGCUGCCAUUUUAGACACUGACGAGACCGCUGAAGUUCCUUCUCAGCAGCAGGUGAAAGAUAACACGCCCCUCUGCAACCGCCUGGAGACCUUCCGCCUUGACCCCGCCCUCGUGGGAAAGCAGCCCAAUCUGGUCCAGUUCCCUCCUGACUUCCAGCCAAUCCCCUGCAAACCCCUGUUCUUUGACCUUGCUCUCAACCAUGUGGCCUUCCCGCCGCUGGAUGACAAGGUGGAGCAGAAGGGCAAGGGCGGUCUUACCGGCUAUAUCAAGGGCAUCUUUGGCUUUGGCAGCUAAAUCGGUCCACAGGUUUUGGUCUCCACAGGGUAGCCACGAGACCCCGGGUUUACCAUGAAAAACCAGGCUUGGGUCGGUUGUUAAUUAGAAUAAUUUCAGUUGCUUUUUUGUUUUGGUUUUUAGUGCCUAAGUGCAAGAUGGAUAUGUUUGCAGUUCUGAGGAAGCCAGUUGGAGUCUAAUCUUCCAUGGAAGACUAUGAAAGAGUCAAUCAAUUGAAUCAAUUUCAAGUAGCAAUAUGACCCAAGUCGACCUGCCACCUUUUAGUAAUCACCCGUUUGCAUGGGUUUGAGCUUUGGCGGUGUCUUUCAAGUUUUGCAGGUUACAAUGCUAUGGUCUUAAGUACAGCCAAGUUGUCAAUCUCUCUAUCCUGUGAGAGUAGCCACUUAGCACCAGUAGUAGUUAGUCAUUUUUAUUUUAGUGUUAUAUAAGCGCCUUGACAAAUGUUUUCAGGAUCGUUUCUAAAACAUAAAAUUUACAAAGUGCAGUUUUGUUUUGACAACUUCUUUGACUUAAAAAAGCUGGUGGUACUCAUCCGAUACCACAAAUUUCCUGUCACCUGUAGUCGGACAAACUGAAGCUGUUCGAUCAAUCAUCAUAAAAAAAGAUGUAAGCUCUGUCCCAUUUCUUGCAGUAACCUUUGCUCUGGUUGUUCCUCCAAUUGACUGUGUAUUAAGACACCAAUUCAGAACUUCACAUGUUGACCGAUCAGGCCACCACUGCACCCAUAAGGCCUUGCAGACAACUCUCCAGGCUGGCAACGCAGCAUUAAACUGCAUUAAACCUUUUUGUUGCCCGUCUUUUGUAAGUGGCUUGUGAUGUGUACAAGUUAUGUGAACAGGGAUGUAACCGAAUGGAGGAAGGCUGAAUUAAGAAUCGGGAUAAAGCUUGAAAGUUUUAGGUGCAUAAGUCUGUGUCAGCUGCAGUCUACACAGGUCAUAUUGCAUAUGUUGCCGCAUAUGAAGUUUGGCACUACACUUACCAUCACGAUGGAGACGAGUCCCACAGCGUCAGCUCGUCUAGAUGGAAGCGCAAUCCUGAGGUGGGAAAUAAUUGCAAGUGCAGCUAAUGAGACUAAUUAAUUCCUGUAAUGUUUUUAUUAACAAUUUUGUUUAAUUUUUCAAAUCAAAGUCAGAUUGCAGUAGCCACUAAGGACUUAAGAGUUUUUAGCACCUUUCAUUCAUCAUACCACCACACGUGAUUGUCCGUCAUGAGCUAGACUAAAAUGUUUUCAUCACCGGUGACGUGUAACUGUAAUGCUAAAAAAAAAUCUUUUAUCAGCUGCUGUUUACCAGUCAUAAUGUCCACACCAAAGCCGCUCCUUUCCUCUGAUCCUUAAGGGACCUGGUUUGCCUGUGAUACCUGAUGUCUGUGUCACCCACCUUCUCGUAUAUUUAACUGUUUUGCUCAAUAAUUUUUAUCCAUGUCUUUUUGUUUUUAAUUUUCUUUUUUUCAUUUGCUCUUCAAUAUUUUAUGUUAAAGAAUUAAGAUGGACGUGCUGGAAUAGCCCCAGCACUUUACCUUGAUUAGCCUGGAAAACCAUUAGUCCUGAUCAGUAAUUGUUGGAAAAAUCAACAGAGAGAGAGAGAAAAUGAAAUGAGAAUGUAUAAUUUGAUUUAAUUUCCAGGCCUUUAAUUAAAUAUGUUUGAACCAAACGCUGUUUUCUUUUUCUGUGGAAAAUCCUGUGACAUUAAUUUAAACUGAUUCAAAGAUUCCUGUGAUUGGGUAUUAUUGUUAUGUAACCUUUAGAAUUACUAUAAACUCAAACCCCUCGUGUUUUAAUGUAAGUAAAAGGUAAAAUUCUGAACGAA